UAAACCCGGAUGACUUCCCGUAAUCCAGGAGGGAUUACAGAUCGUGUUGCAUCCUCGGGAAUUAUGUGCCCAUUUCUCUGACUGACUGCGGCUUCCAGCCGGCUCCGCGAUGACUAGCAUGUCUGACAAGGUCACCGUCGAGAAGAUCGCCACUCAAUACGGGCUCGAUACCACGUACGGCGCUUAUGCCUGGCGCACGGUGUUGCAAUCGCCGCUCGAUAGCGAGCGAUGCCGCUUGCUGAUCAGCAAGAUCGCGAAACCCGACGUCGUCCCGCAUCGCGUCCGGCAGGCGACGGAGCAGGAACCCAAGGUAUUCCCUCCCCCUGUCGCGGCAGGCACCGACGUGUCCCGGACGCGCGAUCCUCCCGAACCUGUCAUCGUAAGCCACCCGCCCGUAGCGCAGACCCGUUUCCCGCACCCCCACCGCUGAACCCUCCCGCAGGCCGACUUCUUCGCGCACUACUCCGGCGCGCUCACCGGCGCGCUCAUCUCGCACAUCACCGCGCCGCACGCCUGGGCCGCGCUCGCGCGCCCGCUGCUGACGCUCGUCAAGGAAUGCUCCUACCUCCCCGCGUGGGCCGCGCACGUGCGCGACGACGCGCAGGGCAAGCGCCUCCCGCUCGUCCUCCUCCGCGCGCUCGUCCAGAUGAUCGGCCGCGGCGCGUGGGCGCGCGCGCUCGGCGUCGACCCGGAAGAGGCCUUCGACGAGGAGGACAGGUACUCGCUGCUCAAGCACGGGAAGGAGGACGCGACGGCGGCGCUGCUCGUGCUGCCCUCGCUCGUGGAGCUGCUGCCGAUCGUGCUGAACACGUUCAGGGCGCUGGCGGAGGCGGAGGCGGUGCCGGCGCAGAACGCGAAGGCGGCGGCGUAUAUGCGCGCACAGGUCGAUGCGAAUCUGGAGGUCAUCAAGGAAGUCGUGCAAGUCGAGGGUCCUGGUUUGUGUUGGGACGAGCAAGGUGGCGGGACGGAGACGGGUGAUCGUCUGGCGUGGAUAUACGAGGGAUUGCAGGCGGCGAAAGAGGGUAUACGCCCGUGACUUCCAGAGCCUUGCAUACCGCACUGCACAUUCACCUCUGUGUCGCUUGCGGGCGGUUUACGUACGGGAAUUGGGGAGAUAAGAUAACGUGCCCCCGGUCUCUGAGAAGACAAGAUCGGAAGUCUGCUGAUCCCCCCGCUGAUCUCCACAAUAAUGCAUCCGUAUGCGCGUCCCUGCGCGGUCUCUCUCCCUUUCGGGCACUAGGAAUCUGCAUAGAAGACUCCGGUCGGACAUAAGAUAGGCUGGGUGCCGUACGCGCGCGUGCGAGCGCGUCGCAUUAGAAGGGAGGACCCGUGUGCCGGUCAGUACUGUUAUAUCUCUGGGGGGGGCAGGCAGGCGUUCUGAAUGUUGACGUGGGUCGGCGCGUUCCAAAGGUACGCGCGGAUCCCAGAAUACUUAUUAUCAUAACGCGAGGUCCGACAACGAGGCCAAG